UAAAAAAAAAAAAAAAAUCUCCAAUUUCAUCAAAUCAAGAUGGUUUCUCGUCAAUUCCUCAGGUUUGUUUUUCGUCGUCGAUUUCCAAGAGCCGGCGGCUACUCUGGCCACUGCAAAGAAGACGAAUGUAGUGAAAGUUCGGAGAAGUUCGAUGUGGUGGCAAAGUACUAUGAAGAUGGCUAUGUCCCAUGCAACAAAAUCAAAGACGAUGAAAACAAGGAAAAGUACCAAGAUAACAACCACAACAAUUCCAAAGACAAGCACGAUAAAAACAAGGAGCUAUUCUGGGAGGGAUUCCAAUAUGAAAAUAUGAAGGAGUUACGAGGUGGGAGUUUGAAUGUCGUCAAGGAAAACUGUCAAAAUGACUAUGUCGUCGUCGUCGUCGUCGACCACCAUGACAUGAUGAAUUUCAACAAAGACAGCAGGUACAAUAAUGAAAAUAAGUUGAAGUUUUAUGAGGGUUUCAAUGUGAAGGAGAAGUAUCAAGAUGACGACCGCAACCAAGACAAGUAUGAAAAGUUACGGCCCAUAGGGAGAAAUGCGUUCCAAGAUUUGUAUGACAACCAACACAACACAGCUCCAACAUUCACUACUCCGACCACGAACGGUCUGUACCCGGUCAAAGUACCUACGAGGGGUGUAAACGAGUCCAGCCGAGCUCGAGCUCGAGUUCGGGCUCGAUGGGAAUCCGUGUAGCUUCGUCCGUGUCGGCAGCAGCUUCGUCCGAUCUCAACUAGUCGACUAUCGGGCAGCACUGCAGCAGCUUUGUCAGUUCGUCACCGGCAAAGGUGAAGACCGGAGACAAGGGUCGUCAUCGUCGGCCGGCAGUCUUCCGAUGUCUCCAUAUCUCGUCUCCGUGUCGUCGUUCGUCGACAGUCUUCCAGACCCCAGAGUUAGGGCUUGGGGGGAAUGCGGGCGGGAGUGCGAAACUGCGAGAGUAUCGGAGUAGAGUAAGCCUUAGAACGGUGUAAAAUUUUAACUUUUAAUAAUAAUUAUUAUUAUAUAUAUAAGGCUCGUCGAGCCACGAGCAUAAGAUAUGUGAGCUCGACUCGAGCUAGAUAAGUAAACGAGCCGCUCGAGUUUGGUUCGAUCUCAAUUUUGACCGAGCUACUCGCGACCCUA